UUGAGCUUAGCGCUUUUUCAGCUGGACACAGAUUUUAGUUCAAUGACCAGAGAUGAACGUAUACAACGAGAUUUUGCACAACUAUCGGAAGCUAAACGACGACGAUUGAAUGCCGGAUCGGAAAGUUCGGAUGCGGAAAAAGAAACGGCAGAGCCUCGUCCCGGUGAUAAAGGUUUCAUAAUGCGUGCACGUGUGCCACGGGUCUCCCAGAAAGAUUACGUGGUUCGACCAAAGAGUAACGUUGAGGGACAGUUUCGCGGAGCAACGAAAAAUCGUGCAACCAGCCGUUUUGAUCGAACACAACGCGAAUUCAAAGAGCGCACAAAGCAGCAACGGGCACAACGUGCUGUUGCUGUUAGCAUUAAUCGGGUAAAUUUCUAA